AUGACAACUCCCAAUGAUAACCUCUACAUUGGCUGCAAGGCUUACGUGGACGGUAUCCAGACCUCAUACGGAUAUGUGCCAUCAAAAGCAGCGGGCAUCGCAUUCUGCGUGCUCUUUGGUUUAUCAAUGAUUGCUCAUAUCGUACAAUUCUGCUGGAAAAGAACAUGGGUGUACAGUGUCUUUGCCAUUGGAUGUCUGGUGGAAUUGAUCGGAUGGGCGGGCCGGACCUGGUCUGCUGAAUGCCCAUAUAACUCGACUGCAUUUCUCAUGCAAAUAUCAACUUUGAUCAUCGCACCGACAUUCUUCACAGCUGGAAUCUACGUCCUUCUUGGCAGAUUGAUUCAGCUCUACGGUCGUGAGUGCUCGGUGCUCUCACCAAAGCUUUACCUUUGGAUUUUCUGCACUUGUGAUGUCAUCUCACUAGUAGUCCAAGCCGCUGGCGGGGGCAUGGCCUCAUCCGAGUCCGACAACAAUGGUGAUACCGAUCCAGGCACAAAUACCAUGGUCGCUGGUAUCGUCUUCCAGUUAUUCUCAAUUACGGUUUUUGUGGUCUGUGCCAUUGACGUCUUCCGCCGUGAGAAGCGCCUUGGUAUGCUUGGUAUGGCAACCAAGGGUCCUCUCCGUCCUCUUCUCGCGGCCAUGGUGCUUUCUGUGGUCUGCAUCUAUAUUCGAAGCAUUUAUCGAACCAUUGAAUUGGCUCAGGGCUGGAAUGGGUAUUUGAUUACCCAUCAGUCUUACUUUAUUGGACUUGAUGGCGUUAUGAUGGUGAUUGCUGUUGGCAUCUUCAAUAUCUGUCACCCUGGGUGGUUACUGCCUUCGGAUGCCGAGUUCACGUUGCCGAAAAACAGACCGACUGAGUCGUUUCAGACCGAGGCGCUAAACUUGAAUACUAUGACAGGCUACAGGGGCUAUGAAAAUCAUUCAUAG